AUGGUACCAAAGCAACCAUCAUCCCCUGGUCCCAAAGACCUAACCAACCUCAUAAUGAGCAAUGCAAAGAAGAACUUUCGCGAAAUCAUGCAGGAGCUGCGAAACGUCAGGAGCGCGGGCACCGGCCGCGGUGGCUUCACCAUCUGGGGCGGACUCAUCCUGGCGAUGCGCCCCAGCAACCCGCUGGGCGUCCCUCUCAAGCCCAUCUUUGAUUCCUUUCUCGGCGGUAUGGACUACUACGACCUCCUCAACUUCAUCGAAGCCUUCCCCGCGCUGCUCCUCCACAUCCACCGAUGGGGUCUCGGCCCCGGCGGCGCCUGGCGCAAUAUGCCCGUCUUCCGCACCCCGCAGGAGGUCAUCGACUGGCAUCGAUCGGUGGCUCCGCCGGGGACGAACCUGCCCCCGCCGGGCGAACCUCUCCCCUUUGGGGUCGUCACCGACAACCACACGAGCCGGCGGUGGCCGUACGUCGACUGGAUCACGCGCGAGCGCAACGACUUUCUCGUGCGUCUGCACGAGGCCGGGCUCUGGGAUCCGCUGGGCUACAGGCCCGACGGGCACAGCUUCCUCUCCAACGCGCUCGCCUUCAACCGCGGCUUCCUGCUGAGCUACAUCAACUACAUCGGCCAGGGUAACCUCGCCUUCCUCCUGCGGCCCUCGCGCAUCCUCGAAAUCACCGGAAUGGCCCUGGGAGCGAACCACUUGGACCUCGCCAUCUCACGCAACGACUUCGCCCUCUUCACCCGCUGGAUCAGAGAGAACCCCGGGCUCCACGGACCCACGGCCCUCAACAACCGCUCCAAGGAAACCCUCUGCGAAUUCGUCACCGCCGAAGAGGCCCUCUGGUACCUGCGCACAAUCGGCCUGAACCUCGCACAACCCCUGACACCCCCGGCCAACACGCUCCCGGCCAUCCCCGGCGUCCCGACGCAAAUCGGACACACGCCCCAGAUCGGGUCCGCGGGCAACGGCAGCCCCUGGCACAUCGCCAUCCGCAACAACAACCUCGACUUCCUCGACUUCCUGGCCGCGCACACGCCGUACCCCGCGGACAUCGACAACCCCUAUAAUGCGCCCUUCACGCCCGCCCUGUACGCAUACACGCUAGGCAAAUUCGACCACUUCGACCGGCUGCUCCGGUGGGGCGCGGACCCGGGCGUCGUGCCCUACAUGGUGAUCCUCAGCUGGCCGACGAAUCCGCAGGACCGGUGGCUCCGGACGUCCCUGGCGGGGAUCCGCAAUCCGAAUCCGAACCCUGGCGGGAAUGUGCGGCAGGGGACGAGCGUGCACUGGGUUGUCUUUGCGCUGCACGACGAGAUGAAGGAGAUCAACCGGGCUGCGAAUCUCACGGAGUCGCAGAAGAGGUCGAGGAGGGAGACGCGCAUGAGACAGGCAACGACUUUGAUUAAUCUCGCCAAGCAGGGGAAUAUUCGCGGGGAGCCCGAUUUGAGCACGCGGGAUCUGGCCGUCCCGCCGCGGACUGCGUGGGACUAUGCGAAGAUGUGGGGGUAUACGCAGCUGGCUUAUUUGCUUGACCCAGCUUGA